UCAAAAAAAUUCCUAAAAGUUAUCCAGCAGAGAUCCGCGCAUGCGAGAAAAACUCUACGACGCGCCUUGGAUGAGAAAAGAAACGGGCAAACGCCCAGCAUAUCUCACGGCAGUGGACAGGCUCAUCCUUUUAGUCUGUCCAUCACAAUAGUCCAGAAUGGACGACCAACUGGCUUCCUUCGUCAACUCCAGCGCUCCGCAUCAUUCGCCGAUGAUUUCGUUCGAUUUCAACGUCAUGAAACAGAACCUCACGUCCGUCCAAGAGUUGUACCGUACCUCGGCCGUCACGGUGGCCAUGUUUCUCAAUUGCCUCGUCAUUUUAGUGGUGAGCAAUUCCCGCCAAUUGCGUUACCCCCGUCACGUUUUCUGGGCGGCCGUUUCGCUCUUUGAAUGUCUCUUUCUAUUCGAAUGCAUCCUGGAAUUGGUCGUUGUUAAUAAUCACGACGAACUGGCCUGCCGGAUCUUUAUUCUCCUCUGCCCGGUCGACUAUUCCAUCCUGUUGAUUUGCCUGGCCAUGGCCGCCUUCGACCGCUACUUGGCCAUCGCCCGCUACGAGUGGUACAAGGAAACGGUCACCAAUCGCGGCGUCGUUGCCACCGUUUCGGCCGCUUCGGUCGUGACUUUUGUCGUCGUGACGAUUCCCUUCUGGACGGACCACCAGUCCAUCUACACCUGCACCCUCAACUUGUCCCACGUCCACUGGGUGUACGUUUUGAAUUUUGUGCUGGGCAUCGUUUGCGUCCUGCUCCACGUCAAGAUCUUCUUGGCAUCGAAAUCCGUCAUCCGCCAGUAUCUGCCCAGUUACCCCACGACGUCCGUCACUGUGACGUUCGUCAAGGACCGGAGUAAGAUCCGGCCGUCCCUUUUCUCCGGACCGGAAGGGGUGGAAUCGUCUCCGGAAACGGCGGAAAGAGUUUUCAUCACAUUUCCGGAAAAUGCCACCGCUUCCAAGUCGGAUCACCUGGUCAGAAUCGAUCCUGGAGAUUCGCCGGAUCAUCAAGGAACUGCUGACGGCCAGCAUUCCAACGGUCAAUCUUUUCUCAAGGAGCCUGGCGGGCAGACGAAAAUCAACCGAUUGGAAGUGCGGGCAGCGCUGGACAUGUCCGUCAACGUCCUGCCCUUUUGGCUGUGCACAUUUCCGGUCUCGUCUUACGCCAUGGCCCUGUACUGGUGCGUCAAACUGGAAGGCGACUGCGACGCCGUUUUCCUGACGUGGACGUACAUGUGGGACGUUUUCCUCCUGCACAGCAUCUACAAUCCCGUCAUGUACAUGUCGACGAGUACGGAAUUCCGGCGGGCCCUCUCCCACAUCGCCAGGAAGUUGAUCAACACGUUCCACAUUGAAGUGUACGAACAUUGACGGGAGUUAAUUGACACUUCAUAUCACUUGUUGCUGUGUCAAAAGAUUUUUCGCGCUUAUUUUCAAAUGGAGAAAGUUGGGUCGACACGUUUGUCGGCGUUUAAUUAAUUUCAACUCAAACACAUCAACUGCGUGUUUACUGUUUACUCUGUGGAGACAUGCAUGUGAUGUUGUGUCACUAGAGAUUUUUAUUUGUCAUUAACAAGUUGGUGUGUGUCGACUGUCGAGCGCUCCUACUAAUCAGUUCCCUGCCGCAAACAGCUGCUGGUUGCAAACAUUGACGAGUCCCUUAUGAGUUCCUGUCUGUACUAUACCUCGCGAAGCUCAUUGGUCUUUUUUUUUCUUAAUUAUCAGACAGAGUUGCUUGUAAAAUAAUUAUUUGUUGAGAUGA